AUGGCGGCCCCGAGGCUCAGGGCAGUGCUGUGGCUAGUUCAUUGUGUUCCCUUUCUGGUUCUUUCGGGGACUUCUAGGGACGAUUUACAGGCCGUUUUGUCGGCGGUUGAGAAGCUGAUAAAUUAUUAUCACAGAAAUCAUCAAUACCUGAAUCUAGAUGGCUUGUUUGGACUACGAGUUAUCGAAGGUCAGUUGCAACUCUUGUUAUCAGAGCAUCAGGCAGGCAGACACCAACAUCUGUCCCAGGAUGUGGUCAGCAAGAUGAUUGCCUUGAAAUCUGCAGCCCAGAAUGCAAGUAAGAUUGGUCUGGACUCAGUCCGCAGCGAUGACUCGCAAUACUUCAGUCAGUUUAGUUCCAUGGUUCUGCAUCCGUGGACAUUUAUGAAACCCCACCGCAAGCUUGAAGCGUCUCUGCGAUGGGAAAUACCUCAGUAUAAAGCAAAAAUGAAAGUGAAACUGACAGAGGAAAUGAGUGACCGUUGUAUGACAGAGCUGCUCCAAAGCGGUGCUCAGGGAUGUGAUAUUUCAGCUGACUGCAUUCAGAUAAUGACUACUCGAGGCCUUACUGGUUAUGGGAUAACUCAUCAAAUUCUCUGGUCUAUUGUCGGGGAAAUCAUGCCGAAUUGCAGCUUGUUGUUGAGCAAAAUGUUGUUGCAGAACAACAUGGGAGACAUUGGCAAGUUUCAGCUGGAACUGUGCACCAACAACUUCUUUGAGAUGGUGGCAGUCGUCCAGGUGUUGAUGCACGGCAAGGUACAUGAGAGCCAGCAGGAUCUCUUUCUUGAGCAGCAGUUUGUUUGUCCAAAUUUGGGAUUUUAUGAGUUUCUGAAAAAAGAUUAUCUAGAUCAGAUCCUUUCCUGGCAGUUUCCAUCUGGUUGUUUUGGGGAAAAAGAUGGCCCAAAAGUUGAAGAAGACAUUGAUUUGGCCUCUCUUUUAGAAGGCUACCAUGAGAAAAAUGUUAACUUUAUCCCCGAAGUUCGUAAAUUAGAUCAAGAUAGUGAUGUUAAGAAAAUUACUUUGUCUGAGUCACAUGAUAAUCCAAAAACAUUCAAGGGAGACCAUGUACUCAAAUUUGGAAGAGAGUCUGUUUUGACCGCUACUUCAGUCAAGCUGCCAGGCCUUGUUCGGUCAGUACGGGUCAAUGGUCAAAUCAGACAUGCUGAUGUGAACAACAAGACCAAAGAUGGCGUACAAGAUGUCCGGCGGGGUGUUAACCAUUCAAUGAAUUUGAAGGAGGUGCAUCCGUAUAGAUUAGAAUCUAUGUCGGCAUCUGCACCGACUCCGAAAGGCAGGAUCAAGCUUGUACAGAAACUCCAUCAGAUGUCAGCAACAAUCCACAAGCAGACCUCCCGCACAGGAAGUGAUGUAGAUGGUUUAAAUGGAAGGAUAAAGACAAAGGGAAGGCGUCUACUGGUUGAGAAGGAAAUGAAAGAUGGAUGCUUGUCCCACAAAACAGGCGUGGGAAGUGGAGCUGUGGUCAUGUACCUGAGAUAUCUCAUAGAUCCAGGCAACAUCAACUGGACCAGCCAGCAUGAGCUUCUGCAGUCGGACUUCCGCAGCCUUUUACAGGCAGCAGGAGAAGCACCAGCAGCGGGCACAGGUGUGGGCACUGACCAAGGUGCUGAAGAGGAGGAGGAAGAUGAAGGCAAUGUGGAAGAGGAUGAGGGUACCCUGAAUGAUGGCGUGAAUUAUAGUGAGGAUAAUGAUGCCGAGGCUGGGGAGGAUCAGGGUGAUGAUGAUUACGAUGAAGAGCAGGCAGCUAAUGGAGAAGAUAAGGCAGGAAAGGAAAACCAAAUUCUUCAUGAUGUUGAUACAGUUGUUAUUAAUGAUGAUGCUGAAAAAGAAUCUGAGAUUUACCCCAACAGUGACAAAGUUAUGCCGAAGAACCUAAAGAAUGAUGAUGACACAGAAGAUGUGCCUGACCAGGAGGAGGAUCACAACUAUUACGAUGAUGAAGGAGAAACAGAAAGAGGUAUCAUCAAACAUAGAAGACCACAGACUUCUCGCCCACAUCCUCCAGUUAAAACACGCCGGAAACAUUCAGAGAAGUUGACGUCAGAAGAGCAGCUCUACCACCAAGGAGUUGAGUUCCUCGUGCCUGAUCAUCCUAACUAUACUAUCAUAUUGUUUGUAUCUAUAGCUCCGUUUUUUAUUCUUUUCUUUUUUCUCUAUAAAUUUAUUCGAAAACGGAGAGUGCAUAUAAGGUACUAUUUUUAA